AAUAUUUUUCUUAGAUUUAUUUCAAUGAGAAUUUUGUGACUGAAGGAUUUAUAUUAAUUGUAAUAUUAUUAACAAUGGGACCAAAUAACGAAGAUCAAGUUCCAAAUAGAGAUCCUAAUGAUGAAAGAAAUGUUGACUGGUCUAGAUAUGGUUUACAUAAUACAGAAAUGCAAAGAAAUUCACAAAGAAAUAAUGGAAGUUAUGAAGAAUUUAGUUCAGAAAUGUAUCAAACCGGAGCAAAUGAAUUGUUUGCUCAAGAAUAUAGUUCCGAUCCAUGGUGGAAAUCUAACUUUUUCAUAUCGCAACCGGUAUUAUUUGGUACUUGGGAUGGUGUUUUUACCUCUUGUCUUAUCAAUAUUUUUGGAGUUAUUGUAUUUUUAAGAUCUGGUUGGAUAGUUGGUCAAGCUGGAGCAUUAAAUGCAGUAUUGAUCAUUUUUUCUACAGUUAGUAUUGCACUAGUAACCGUAUUAUCUGCAGUGGGUAUAUGUGAACGGUGUAGAGUAGAAAGUGGAGGAGUCUAUUUCUUGUUAUCUCACGUAUUAGGAUCAAGAUUUGGUGGAUCCAUUGGUCUUCUGUACUGUUUUGGACAGGCUGUGGGUUGUGCUCUAAACGUUCUAGGUUUUGGUGAAUCUAUGGCAGGUUUAUUCGGUUUGGAUACCGCUUGGGCACAGAGAAGUUUUGCUUGUGCUGCUGUUAUUUUAUUAUCUGUGAUUAAUGUAGCAGGCGUUAAGUGGGUUAUUAAAUUGCAGUUUGUACUUCUUUUGAUAUUGCUUCUUGCCGGAAUGGAUUUUAUGGUUGGAAGUUUCACGCAUGAAAACCCUAAUGCUGGAUUUGAAGGAUGGUUGUCUGGAAAUUUACGAAACAAUACUUUUCCUGAUUACCAAGGCGGCUAUAGUUGGUUCACGGUUUUUGGUGUCUUUUUUCCAACUGUUACCGGUGUCUUAGCUGGUAUUAAUAUGAGUGGUGAUUUGAGGCAUCCGUCAACUGAUAUACCACAUGGUACAUUGGCAGCUUUAGGAACUGGAACAGUACUAUAUCUUUGUUUCUCGCUAUUCUUGGCAGCAACUUGUACUAGAGAUGCUCUUCUUACAAAUUUCAUGAUUGCGUCAAAGGUUUCUGCAUUAUCAGUACCUCUUCUGGCUGGUCUUUAUGUGUCUUCGUUUAGUAGUUGUUUAGGUGCAAUGUAUGGUACACCUCGUGUACUUCAGUCUAUUGCUAGUCAAAAUGUUAUUCCAGGAAUAAGUUGUUUACAAAGAGGAAGAGGACCUAAUAAGGUGCCUAUUUAUGCUAUGUUGGUCGUAGCUGCAGUAACAUUGACCUUUAUCAUUACUGGUAGGAUCAAUACUCUUGCACCUAUCGUAACCAUGCCCUUCCUUUUAACAUAUGCGUGUCUGGAUUACGCUUACUUUGCACUUGCUCAAACUUUUGACAUUCGACAUAUGAGAGAACAAAGAUUUAGAACGCAGUCUCCAACGUUUGAUCGCAAUUAUGGUUCUGCUAGUAGGAAUAAUUCUGUAACAGAAAUAGACAAUGAUUUAGAUAGUUUAUUUCCUGAGAGAAUAAGGCAUAAGAAUUUGAGAAGCUCCAGCAUUUCUGAAAAUAAUGGAUUUGUGGAUUCAUCACCGAGUUUAGAAGAGAACAGUACAACUUCUGUCGAACGAAAAGUUCAUAUACAUAAUAAAUUGGGGAAUUGGUAUAGUCCUUUAUGUAAUAGAUGGUUUUCACUUUUGGGUUGUUUGGUGAAACUAUUCAUUAUGUUUCUGGUUCAUUGGGGCUAUGCUAUUGCAAACAUUGUUGUCGUUUUUCUUGUAUGGAGCUAUGUAGGUCAUGCUAAUCCAGCUGUAAAGCCUGGAAUUUCAGCCGAGUUUCAAUUCUUCAAAUGGUUAAAAACUGCGUUGUUAAGACUCAUGGGGAGAAAAGUUUAUGAUUACGAACAAAUCGUUGUAACACCUGUACCACCAGGUGUGGAGGUUUGUUCUGCACAAUUGAACGAAGAAAACGAGGAUUUCGCUGGAAGGCGACGAUAUCAUCAAACGGCUACAGUUACAGGUCAAUACGUAAACGUCGAUUAGAUUUCGGUUAAUGAAAUUUGUUGCGGACAUUCUCUAUUAUUCGAUAGGAAUAAUUAAAUUUCCACAAUCUUUUAUUAACGUUACAAAGAGAUUUUUAAUAUAUGCAUAAUUUUUGUUUAAUACGUAGAAUCAAAACACGCUAUAUGAGAUCAGAAAUAUGUGUCAUCUAUCUGCAUCGUAUAUGUGUAUAAAUUUACGUUACUUUUCUUGUAACACAGAUACAUAGAUACACACCUACAUACAGCUAAUCUAAUUAAAAUAUAUAUUCGUGCACUAAAAAAUAUGUAUCAAAAUGCGUAAAACGUAUUUGAUCGUUGAUUAAUCUUACUUGGUGAGAAAAGUGUUAGUAGAAAAGGAUCAUUUUCAUCAAUAAUUCGAUGAGUACAUAAAAAUAAUUGAAGCUUUGGUAUAAGGAGUUAAGGGAUGAAAAUGUUUUAACUGGGAUUGCAAGAAAUCUUUAUAGUUAAUAACAAUCUGAAUAAAUUAUGAAUUAAUCACUUAAUAAAUUUAGCAUAAGAUUAAAAAACUAUUUAUGGAUCAAAAUAUAAAGUUAGGAUCUAAACAAAGUCGAGAAUAGUACAAUAAUGUCAUGAUACUCGAAGUUUGAGAUGCUACCAGUAACUGAGGAUAUAUAAUUAAUAUUGUAUUUCUAAUAGCUUGGAAUAAAAUCAAUUACACGCACAAAGAAUAUAUGAUGCUGCCAGAAUUAUUGAUGCAUUUAUAAUGAAUCGUAAAUAAGGUCUCCGUCUUUCGAUGAAUUGUUUUAGAAUUAAUCCCAGCUUUAGAAUGAAAGAGAUUAUAUUUAUUCUUUUAUAUUAAAUAUAAAAGAUCAUUAUAUCAUAUUAAUCAUAGAUUAGAGAAUCGUUUGUAUAGGAGCAAACGUAAAAAAAAUUGUAAUAAGUACUAAAAUAUAUAUAUAUAUAAGUGCUCUGUAAAUAAUAAUUAAUAAUAUAUUUAUAUAUAAUUUAACAUUUUUAUAAAUGUCAGAAGAGUGAUGAAAGAUACA